AGCCCUCUGCGUGCAGCGCAUCUUGGCAGCCCGUCAAACCCCCGGGAGCUGGGUAAAUCAGUGAGUGUUUUAUCGUGCCAGAAAUACGACACACAGAAUACUGCCGUGUGCUUGCGAGAGUGAUGGGGCCAUGACGUCUCCGUUGGACAGCUAGGACACCUGGGGACGUCGACGGUGUUUCCGGAAAAUGUUGCUGGUCCUGGCGCUAGUUGUGUUCGUGCUGCAGCCAUCCAGUUCUAAUCCUGACACAUCUGCUACAAGCUGUGACUUCGAGGCUUCGUGCGCCUGGCAGUGGGGUACCGGCAUCCCGUACGGUUUCCGCCUCGUCACUGGGCAAGAGGCGAAUCUACCCAACAGCGAUGCAAACAACGACAGCUUCGGUCACUUCCUGCUUCUGCGGGUGGAAGGCCCCGUCCCCGGGGAGGUGAAUUUAUGGAGUCCCAUAUUUCUGGGCACUCGGCACCAACAGUGCAGCCUCGAGGUAUGGCUGUUCAUGUCCAAAAUGUCUCGGUCCACGCUACGUCUCGUAAGUAACUCCACUACGCAGUGGGUCGUGCAUGAAGAGCAAGGCAACAACAACGAGCGCUGGGAGCAGUUCCGUUACAAGAUUGGGCUCAUCCGCCAGAACUUCAGCCUGAUACUCGAGGUGGUGCCUGAAGGCGCCGCCCCAGCACUCGUAGCACUCGACAACCUGCGCCUCGUCGAUUGCUUCGAUGAGGCACGACCACUGAUCUCAAGCACAGCCAGGAACUUCAUGUGCUCCAACAAUGUGUCUAUCGACAGGCAGUACGUGUGUGACCUGCACAAAGACUGCCCUGAAGGAGAGGACGAAAAGCAGGACUGUGAUAAACUUCCAUCUUACUCACACUGCACAUUUGAAGAGGGACUGUGUGGCUGGAAGAACAUGGGGAUGUCGUGGAUGCGACAGAAUGGCUCAUCCCCUAAUGGCCCUCAUAUGGAUCACACAUACCAGAAUGCAUCAGGUGUGUAUUUGCAUGUCACCGUGUCAGCUAAAGAUAUGGGUGAAGGCCCUGUCCUGGAGAGUCCAAUAUUCCACCCCCCACCCUGCUACCACAGUGGAAAUAAUUUGCUGUACAGCAACAGCUGCAUGUUCCGGUUCUACUACUUCCCAUAUGGCAUGCACAGUGCAGGUUUGGAGUUGAGGCUCAUCGAAAUACAUCCACGACAUAACAAGACCUCGAAGCUAUUCUGGUUCUUUGGAAGCAAAGGACACAACUGGAUCAGAUCAGUUAACAUACUGCCAAAUGUCACAAACAGAUAUUCCUUGCAAUUCCAUGCUGUGAAGGGAUACAAAUGGGGCUACAUGAGUUUGGACGACCUUUCCAUGAGCCCCGAGUGUUUUGGCUUAGGUGUGCCUGCCAAUGUAUCAGAUGGUUAUGUGUACAACAGCACAUACUGCUACCAGACAGAUGUACCAGAUAAAGAGGCACACCAAGACUUCGUUAACAAGACUGUGUACACCAUCACUACUUGUGGUGCAAGGGGCCGGAGUGGUCCAACACCAGAGAACUGCUUCAGAGAAUACCAGUACACCGCCACAAACGUUGUUUUGUUGGACACUCCACCUUGGGCUGGGAUACAACGGUGGACAUCCCCAGAGGGUGGCUAUUACACGAUCAUUGCAAAGGGUGCAAGCGGAGGCCUUGGUUCUACCGGAGGCUCCAGCAGUGGUGCCAUUGUGCGGACAGUGGUUGAGCUCCACAGAGGGCAGCAGUUGUAUAUACUUGUUGGACAGGAGGGCUCCAAUGGGUGCGAGGACCUGAACAGUGGAACCUUUGUGCAGCCCAACAAGCCCAGUUCUUCCAAGAGCAGUUCUUUAAUAAAGAUGUUAGCACAGCCACAAGAAGAUAGUUCUAUCAACAGAGUGCUAAAUCUCAACUUCAUAUGUAGGGGUGGAGGUGGCGGUGGAGGCACCUUUGUGUUUCUGGUGAACCGGGACAACGAGUCUGUGCCACUGGUAGUGGCAUCUGGUGGAGGUGGCCUUAGUCGCAGCAGGAGUAUGGAUGAUAAUUAUCAGCAUGGACAUGGCUUGAAUGCUAGCAGACUGGAUAUGACGGGCAAUGAGUUUGGUUCAAAUGCUGCAGGUGCUGGUGGUGGCUGGAGAAACAACAGCUCCUUGGAGUUCCGGAUGGAAACUGGAUGGGCACUGCUAGACAGUGGCAUUGGUGGACAGGCAUGUUACAACCAGUCCACAGGGGAGGGUGAAGGAGGGUUUGGUGGUGGAGGGGGUGGAUGUGCAGCAGGGGGUGGUGGAGGUGGUUUUGCAGGUGGAAAUGCAUGGUCUGAGCCCAUAAGGAAUGGGGAAGGUGGCUAUUCUUAUGUCAGAACAGAGAUUCUGACCGAUGUUGAGACUGGGAAACACCGCGGCCCAGGCUUAGUACUCAUCAUCCCUGCACUGGACAAGGCCUGCAACUGUGACUAUCGCUGCGUGGCACUUGAUGAAUUUCGUAGCAGUGUCCAAUGCAUCUGUCCUGAUAAUUGGAUGCUUGCGGCUGACAACAUAUCCUGCAUCUUACCACCAGAGCCUCCCAUUGCAUACAUUGCUUGGCUGAUUGGGACUGGCACCAUGCUGGUCCUUGGACUUGGCUUGCUGUGCUUCUGUUUAUACAACAGUUACCAACGGAAGAAGAGAGCCACAGUGAGACGACACAUAAUAAUUGGACCAGACGUGCCUCUAAACAGGCUGAGGGAGGCCUCUGAUGCUAUGAUGACUGAGUACAAUCCUACCUACGAGUUCGGUGGUGGGACUUACACUAUUCAGGAUUUGAAGGAUAUUCCACGGGAUCAUCUGCGACUUGUGAAAGCACUUGGACAGGGGGCAUUUGGUGAGGUGUACCAAGGAUUCUUUCGACACCGUGUAGGAGAUGCAGUGGAAAUGCCAGUGGCUGUCAAGACUCUUCCAGAGCUGUCAACCCACCAGGCUGAAACUGACUUCCUCAUGGAGGCAUUAAUCAUGAGCAAGUUCAACCACCCAAACAUUGUUCAUUUCAUUGGUGUCUGCUUCGACAAGCAUCCACGCUUUAUCGUUCUGGAGCUGCUUGCUGGUGGUGACUUGAAGACAUUUCUCAGGGAGUCCCGCCCUAAACCAGAACGGCCAUCUCCCCUCACGAUGAAGGAUCUGUUGAUGUGUGCUAUGGACAUCACAAAGGGCUGCAAGUAUAUGGAGCAAAAUCGCUUCAUCCAUCGGGACAUAGCAGCCCGGAACUGUUUGCUCACCACCAAGGGACCGGGCAGGGUUGUCAAAAUUGCUGACUUCGGCAUGGCCAGAGACAUAUACAGGGCUGACUAUUACCGAAAAGGAGGUAAAGCUAUGCUUCCUAUAAAAUGGAUGCCACCUGAAGCAUUUCUAGAUGGUAUCUUUACUUCAAAAACUGAUGUCUGGUCAUUUGGUGUUCUGCUAUGGGAAGUGAUGUCUCUUGGCUAUAUGCCUUACACUGGCUGUUCCAACAAACAAGUGAUGGAUCUUGUGAUGAGUGGUGGCCGCCUUGAGCCUCCCAGUAACUGUCCAGGUCCAUUGUAUGGGAUCAUGAUACAGUGCUGGAACUCUACUCCUGAAGAGCGCCCCAACUUCAGCACCAUCACAGAACGGCUGGGAUAUUGCUUGCAAGUAAGUGGCAUUUGGGUCAUUUGUUGUCAAUGUACUGGCAGAUUCUUUAAUGUGCCCAUAUUUUAAGAUCAGUGAUGGCAGUUGAGAUUGAACAGAAGAUCACUGAAUAUGGAGAGUAGUAUGCUAAUCACUGAGGUCACUGAGGUGGCCCAGGAAGGAGUUGAUAUUCAUCCAAAGAAUAGCUCAGGCUGUCAGUCAGCUGAGCUUUGUUACAUGCCCCACACAUUGUC